GCGCAGCCCGGCUCGGCUCGGCGCAGCCCGGCACCGCCCGCCGAGCCCCCCGCCUGCCUCCCGCCCACCCCCGCGCCGCCAUGGACGGGGGCGCCUUCGGAGCGGGGAAAGCCGGCGGCGCCUUCGACCCCCAGGCCUUCAUCCGGCAGCCGCAGACCAUCCUGCGGUUCGUCUCCUGGGUGUUCUCUAUCGUGGUGUUCGGCUCCAUUGUCAAUGAAGGCUACGUGAACCGUGUGGAUGAGGUAGAAGAGCACUGCAUUUUCAACCGCAAUCCCAAUGCCUGCAACUAUGGCAUUACCGUGGGCGUCCUCGCCUUCCUCAGCUGCCUUCUUUACCUGGCUCUGGAUGCCUACUUCCCGCAGAUCAGCAGCGUCAAGGACCGCAAGAAGGCAGUGCUCUCGGACAUCGGCGUCUCAGCCUUUUGGGCAUUCCUCUGGUUCGUUGGCUUCUGCUUUCUGACCAACCAGUGGCAAGCUUCAAAACCAGAGGACAACCCACUGAAUGAGGGAGGGGAUGCAGCCCGAGCAGCCAUCACGUUCUCGUUCUUCUCCAUCUUUACCUGGGUGGGCCAGGCAUUCCUGGCGUAUCAGCGUUUCCAGCUGGGUGCCGAUUCGGCCCUCUUCUCCCAGGACUACAUGGACCCAAGCCAGGACUCCGGCAUGCCUUAUGCUCCCUACACGAACGAGGAGGAUGCUACAGAUGCGGUGGGGACGUACCAGCAGCCCCCUCCAGCAGAUGCUUUUGACACCGAGACACAGGGGUACCAAACGCAGAACUACUGAGCCACCGAUGCCCCUUUCCCUCCCCCUUUCCCUUCUGCCCCCGUUCCCACUGCCGGCAGAAAGCCGAGGCACAAACAAGACACGUGCAUAGUGGUACAAGAGGUGGCUCUCAGCUAUGCUCCAGCCUUCUGGGUCAUCUGUUUUUAUUUAUUGUUUUUAAAAAAUGAAAAAAAAAAAAGGCAAAAAGGUUUCCCCAUCACCUAUUCCUUCUCCUCUCCCACCAAGCUACCUGCCAGAACCAAAUUUUUCCAAAAUCUACAUUUUGAUAGGAAGGUCCCUCCUUUCCUCUUCUCCCUCUGCCUUGUUACAGAGGGCAGAGUCUGUCUUGUGGCUAGGAGAGGAGCUAUGGCACUGGCAGGGCAGGGGAAAGGGUGUUGGAGGCAGAACAGAAGAAAUGAGAGGGACCGGGGACCUUCCUAGAAGAGAUGGUAUUGCUAAUGGCUGGAGUAGAUGUGGGAGCAUCCAAAUUGGUUUGGAGCACCUGGUGGCUCAGGGAGGAGAAUGAUGUUGGAAUCAGCAUUCAAGAGUGUGGGGAGGGGCCUGGAGGACAGAAACAUCCUCCAUAUAAAGACAAGGAGGCUUUUCCCUGCCACAUGCUAGUGAGGGAGGGUGCUUUAUUUUUGGAGGGUUUGGGAGAAGUGGUAUUGGAGAGGAGGGGAGUACAAGAAGAAAAAAUGGGAAGGGAAAAAGGAAGAUUUGCAGGUACAAUCAGAAAUCACAGGCACGUCUGUAGGUUUCAGCAAGAGACUGAGCAGAGCAGAAGGGUGAUGCCCUGAGAUUCAGUCUUUCCUCAGACCCCUUGGAUUGAGGUGGACGGUGAUUCUCCUCACCUGUAUGUCCUGCUAGUCACUGCUCUUCCCAGACCAGUUUGAUGAGGCAGGAGGGGAGCCAUGCCCAGUCUCUGGGCCCAGGUACAGUGCCUGUGGGAGGAAGGAUGGAGGAGGUGGGCUUCUAGAGAGCCCUGAGAGCCUUCAACCCCAGCUGGGCUGAUUCGAGGGGGAGAGGGGAGCUUUGUCAUUUCACCCAGAGCAGGAGGAGAAGAAAGACAGUUUUGCUUCUCAGGUCCUGCUUAACCUUCCUCUGUUCCUCUGUUCCUUUACAAUAGUGCAAAGCCUCUUGCUGAUACCAUUUUUGUAGCACACAGGAAUGGAGCAGGACCCCACUUAGGAAGAAAUACUGCUGCUGGGAUAGCCAGCAUGUGUCUGGCUCUCACACAGGGGUGCAGCCAAGCGGGAGGGGUCUUGCCCUCUACAGCUGCAUUUUGCCUCCCACUCAGAUACGGAAGAGGUCUUGGUGUGCAGAGAAUUGGUUGGGGCCAGACUGAGUUAUCUGAAAACUGGUCUUUCUGUACUUGCCAUAGACCAUACCUUAGUGCUCUUCUUCAGCAUCUCAGAUCCUGAGACUUUAAAGCCUCGCCUAGGUGGCAGCAGUGACUGUUAGAUAGAGCUCUUAUGGGUAUCAUUCCACACUCCUCAUGAUUUUGCUCCAAGUAAAGACAGAACUGUGGAAGCCCACUCUUUGUUCCAAGUUAGAAGUUAGGUUUGGGCGUGAAGACAGAUUCCCAGAUUUCCCCUAAAUGGAAUAAUUCAGCUACCUAGACAAUUCUCCUGGGCACAGACAUCUCUCAGAGCACAAGAAGCAGGCUUUACCUUGCAGAAGCGAGGAGCUCCUUCCCCAGGCAGCCACCCUGUUUGAUGUAACAGUGAUCCCAGCAGCAGAGAUCAGGAGCAGAUCCAAAAUCUGUCAGUGUCCACAUUGCACAUCCAGCCUAUUCCUCAUAGCUCCCUUAGGAUGUGGGAAGAGUGGGACACAGGUCUGGCCUGUGGCUGUGUGAACAUCUUAUCUGGAGGACACCAAGGUUACCAGUCCUUCCCUCCUCCCUGCCCCACAAAGAUAAGGAAGGGGUAGAAACUGUAGCGCAGCAGGGGGAAGUGGAGCGGUGUUCUCCACUAUAUAUACAGGCACCAUUUCUCCCUGUUCCGCCAGCACAUUUGUGCUGCUGGUGGCUGUCCCCAUGGCUUGUCCUUGCCAGGCUUGUCCCACCUUACUGGUGGUUACCUACAGGUGAGGACAGGAGUGGGGGAUCAGGUAGCCCUAAGGACACAGCAGGAAUGACUGGGCACGGGCACACAUCCCUUGCUCUGUGCCUAUGAGUGAAUGCAAUAUUGUAAAUAAAAGGGGUGCUUUUUGUAAGGAAGCCCCUUGAGCUUCAUUUUCUGUGGGUUCAGCCUAAUAUUUAGGCUUGGGACGGGUUUACUUUAUUAAGAGAGGUUUGUUGUGACUGGAUGUGGGAGGAGCACCCUCUUGUCUGUCUCCCAACAGGGGAGAAGAAUGAUUGAAUGAUGAGGCAGAGGAGGAGAGAAGUUAGUUGUACUCACCUAGAUUCAUCUGUGUCAUCCUUCACGCUUUCCUUUGGGGUGUGGGGAGGGAACCGAGAGGAGGUGGAGGCUGUAACUAUCCCUCAGCACAAAAAUAUGUUGUACCUUUUGGGAGGUCCCUCCUCUGUGACUGACUAGGCAGUAAGGAUAGGUAUAGGCAGUGUGGGCAGGAUCUACCUGGAGCUCUGUUUUGGGGUGUGGUGCAGGAGCAUCUUGCAUGCCCCUUCUCCCAUCAGAGUUACGGAGGUAGCUAAACACCAUUUGGGGCUGACUAAUGAGCAAGCUUUUCUUUAUCCUCUUGGGCUUGCUUCCCUCAUGUAACCAUCUGAUGGGCUCAGGUGGGUUUGAGGCAGAAAUGAGCCUCCCCCUCAGAACCAGCACUUAAGUGGGACAUGAGCCAAGUGACUUCAUCUUGGGCUAUAUCCCGUCUCUCUGUUGUUCUUGCUUUGUGUCAUAAGAAAAGCAUUGAUGUGACACUACAACAGAAGAUACUCUGACAACUCGCUUUUGCUCAUGGGAGAAGACACUCUGCUUGGGUUCAUGUGCUUUCAGCCUUUGCACUGGAGGGUUGGUGGUGACAGACCUUGGAGUGGGACUCUGCUUGUUUGCAUGUAGCCCUUUAAAAUGCAGAUUGCAAUUUCCAGUGGCAGUUGGCUAGCUGAGACAUAGCGACCUACCCAAAGGGCUGGUUAUCUUAUCUUAGGUGCUUCUGAUAAGGUGCUGCCUAUUUCUGGUGAUCAUAGGCGAGACCUGAGCAGCUGACUGGAACAUAUCCCUUUUACAUUCUAAGUGUGGGUGAGAUCAGCCCCGCUCUAGAGAUUAGGAGAUCAGAGGGAAGGCUGUAUAAGCAAAAUGAUAAGGCAGCUUUCUUCCCCUUCUGCCAUUUGCUCUGAUUACAGGGGAUUGCACAUCCCUUGUUGGGAUCAAUGGCCCCUUGAUGUCUUCUUAUUUUACAAAGCCCCCAAGUAAGGGACUGUUUUGUGGAAGCAGAGGCUGUGAAGGGCAAAGAGAUGAUGAAAUGUUGCCCCAGUUCUGUCUGUGGACUCAGCCUCCUGAUUUGUCCCCAUCCCCGGAUCACCUAUAUCCUCACACCCUGUUCAUCACCUCAUCACACACCCUUCCUCUCUGCGUUAUUCCUGGCAGUUCCCACAGGGGAGGAGGUAUCUUUGUCCCUGUACCCUUGCAAGCACUUGGGAGGACCCAGGAAGGCAGCAUUGCAGGGUGAUUCCCACAGGAGUCUCAGCUCCCAUCCCCAGAGCAGGUACAAGGUAAGGAACCCAGUGAGGCCACCUCAUGCAGCAAAUUCAAACCAUCCAUCCAGACAACUCCCUGCUGCCUGUGUGGCAUUUGUAACACCACCUGGGCUGCCCUGCCCCUUCGCCUGCCACAUUACUGCCUGUGUAUAGUAUAUAUAUUAUAUAUAUAUAUAUUUAAAAAGAUGUAUAAUAUAAAGCUAUACAUAUAUACGUAUAUACGAUGACUCAUGGAUGGCCUGCCGCAUACAGGAUCCUGAGUGGUCUUGUCUAAGCCCGAGUGUCCCUUCAUCCCUCCUCCCCCUCCCCCUGCCCCCAUCCGUUCCGAAAUUCAACUACAGCGAACCCCGCCACCUCGGCACCUGUGUUUACAAUGUCCUAUAUAUUUGUGGUUAACAAAGUGAAGGUGGUAACUACUGGUGUCUCAAUAAAGUUAUGACGUUCAAAAUAACCAUACUAUAUGGAAAAAAAAAUGGUCUGGAUUUUCUUCUUUGGGGAGGGAUGGCUUUUUUAGCUUGGUUUGCUACAAGAGCAUUGGCUCUUGUGCUCCUGCAUGGCCAAGCUGGCAAGUUUAGUGACAGUCAAUGGCUCGGAUGGAGGAAAGAAACCUAAAGAAGUGCCCUUAUUGAGAUGUUUCAGUGGGAGCAAAUGGUUACAUGUUUUACUUGGCCUAAGUUUAAAAUCAGACACACCAUCAAAUGUCUCUCACCUAAUCAGUAGGAAAACUUGAGGAACCUGACAUGCCAUGUUAGAAGUGGACUGUCACUGUGAAAAGGAUGUAGCAAUAGGAGGUGUGGAUGGUGGACUUACAGGAAUAUAGGAUACAAAUCCAUCUGGAAAUAAACACCUAUAUUUCCAUACCCAGGGAAACAGAAGUGUUUAGUCCUUUGAUGUGUCUUUAUCUUUAUUCAUCUAUGUGUGACCAUUGCUCGGGUGUCUGGUGUACUGCAGGUUUUCAAAACAUAAUCAAAUCCUGGGAAAUGAGCUCUCAGGGCCAUUGCCCACAGUGGGUGUCAGUGAUUGGUAGCCCACCACUAAAAAGGAUCUUGUUUCAACAGACUUUGUAAUAAAAAUGAAAUUUAAAAUCCCAUCCUGUGCUGAUGCUUAGCUAAAGCUUUCCUCUCAUCCCCUUUUAAUGAGUCUGUCACCCGAGUACCUGAGUAUCGAAUUUCCCAACCUUUGUGGGGUUUGGGGACAGUAAACAGAGUCACAUGAUGGUGAUAAGGCUCUAGCCAGUCCUUCAGACUGUCUCUCCUCUUGGGGCCACUACUGAGCACACACUGCAGCUGCACAUCAGAUUAUAUGCAAAAGUGUUGGUGGACCAACCCAUCUGUUUAAUGAUUAAUCUUUGUUUGGACAAAGACCCUUCCUACAGUCACAGCUUUUGGGGUGGAUGUUUUCUGAAGAUACCAAGCCCACAGAAAGGCAAAUAUCUGUGUUGGCAACAGGUGGUGUUAAGAACUGGUAAAGCAAGAUGUUGCCAAAAGCAAGCAUUUCAGAUGAGUAGGACUCCAACAUUACUAGUUUGUUUGUGUUUUCUAAUAGUUUGAAAUCUCUUUAGUUUUGCUCUCUGGUAUUUCACAUGCUUAUGAGUCAUGUUUUGAAGCUUCUCCCUGCAGCCAUGACAUCUAAAAACAAUUCUGUUAUAAAGUUGUUUUCUUUUUUUUUUAAAGUUCACAUCAUCCCAGGACUCAAGGAGAUGAAACUCUGUUUAGUGUAUCAAAGAGAUCAAUAAAAUUACAUGAAACAACCAA